GCGGGAGAGGCGGCGGCCGCUGGGGGAAACGGAGAGGCGAGGGCGCGGAGAAGGGCCGGGAGCCGCGGCGGAGCGAGAGGAAAUGCGGAGGGUCGCGUGUUAGUUUUGUUGGAGGGGGGUGCAGACUCUUUAUUACUCGGUGAGAGAGCUGGCAGAUGUCCCAAGUGAGAGAACCUCUUCCUCCGGGGCCUGGAGGGCCAGAGCAAGCUCCGACUGAAAACAGUUCUUUGAUCUCUCUCCCUCGAGAAAAAACUGACCGGGAGGAUACAGCAGCAGGAGAUAAGGACAUAAAGCAGCCUUCCAGUAACCAAAGUAUCCAGCCAGAAGUACAAGACCAGGCCGUCUGGGGAAAUCACACUGAUGGUGACCUCAUCAGAACACAACCUCAACGUUUGCCUCAGCCAAAUACUUCAGCACUGGAAAGGGGUGAGGAAGAAAGUGGCAAAAUCCGAAAUGGCCACGUGUGUCUGAGUAAUGGAAGUGGAAUUCACAGCGGGGUCAAGCAUGCUCCUGCAGACAACAGAAAACUUUCAGCUCCUGUUUCAGAAAAAAUGCACAGAAAAAUUCAGUCCACCUUGUCUGUCAACAGCAACAGCAGCAAGAAGAGUAAACUAAGCUCUGUGUUUUCUCAAAAGCCAGGUACUUCACCUGAAGAUUGCUGUGUUCACUGUAUCCUGGCUUGCUUGUUCUGUGAAUUUCUCACCCUCUGUAACAUUGUUCUGGGACAAGCACCCUGUGGCAUCUGCACAUCAGAGGCCUGCUGCUGCUGCUGUGGGGACGAGGUGGGGGAUGACUGUAACUGUCCCUGUGACAUGGACUGUGGCAUAAUGGACGCAUGUUGUGAAUCUUCAGAUUGCUUGGAGAUUUGCAUGGAAUGCUGUGGGAUCUGCUUCCCAUCCUGAAAUAUUUAUCCCUUUUUUAUUUUUUUCUCUAUAAAACUGGAGAGCUUUUCUUUAAAAUACAUGUGAAGAAAGACAAGGUAAGAUGUUCACAGAACCAACUGGUAUUGCACUGUUUAUUCCCUACAUAUAAUUUUUUUUUUUUUUACAGACAUUGCUCAAAUCUGUAUUCUAACACAAAUUGUAAAGUUUUGUAUGUGAAACUCAAGCUACAUUCCAGCUUCCUUUUUUGCUUUGCAAAUGGAAGACUUCAUUGAAGCUGAAUUACAGGCCUGAUACCACAGGCUCUUUAAGGGCAGGAUUGCCAUUUUAAUUGAAUAACAAGUUUUGGUCAGAGAAUAGGCUACAGGGCAAAGCCUUUUAAGUGUUUGCCUUUACCUGCUUUAAUGGUGAAAGGCUUGAACGCCUCCAUGCAUAACAUGACUUUACAGGCAUUUGAAAAAGUAAAGUCUUUAUUUCAAUCUCUUGGUUGAAACCAACUUUGCUCUAUUAUUUUAAAAUAAUUCAGAAGUCAGUAUCAGGAAUCUACUGUUGGUUUUGCUACAGUUGUUACAUUGGCAAUAUUUCUUUUGUGCUGAAUAUUUCAUUGGUUUGAGAGAGACUUCUGGUGUUGUCUUCAUUGUCAGUAUUGAUUUUGUAGGAAGAUUUGGCAAACUAAAGUUUUGUUGUGGACUGGAGUACCAAGAUUUCAUUGUUAUCAGUCAAGACAGAAUACAGAACUUACAUUUUACUUAAGUACAAAUAUAACUUGAAAUGCUUCAUUUUAGAAAGAGACUUUGAAAAUCUGUAUAGACAUAAAAAAUAUCCUUAGACUAGUAGACUAAUAGACUAAUAAAUCUUCAAAAUUUGGCAAUAAAACAGUGAUUAUCAGAAGUUAACUCAAGAAUAUAAGCCUAUACAUUAAGUUGCCCUGUCAGUAUUUGUGAAUUUAAAGCCAGUAUCACAUAACUUAGUAUAUAUUUCUUCACUGUGUGAGAAAGGUCCACAGAGGACAGCAAAAUUUAAACAGGGUAUAUAAAAAAAAUCAAAUUGAGUUGAUCAAGGAAUUCUGUCAUUUAAUGCAAAAAGAGGACAUUUAAAAAUGUACAAUAUCCUUUAAAAAUAAGUGAAUUGUGAUUCAAGAUGUUUGAAAAACACAGAUAGGUUUUAGGGGGCAACUGUUCCCCUAUUAUGCCAUCAAGAUUAUCUGAGAAAUAUCUCUCUUUAUCUUUGUAAUUGGGAAGUGAAUUAUAUCUAACACAAAUAGGUUAUGAUUUAUGGUUUAUGAUUUAGGUUUAUGAUCCCCAGAUUUAGGGAAUAAUGUUAUUAAUUUGCUUUACUGUCUAUUAUUUUGUCCUCUCCCUGUCUAUAGCCCAUCAACUUUUCUGUGUAACCCACCUACACAUCUUGAUCUCACAUACCUAAACUUUUCUGUCUAUCUACACUCCAGAUAUCCCAUUUGUAGAUUGCUGAAUCUGAUAAAUUCAGGCCUUGUUACAAGUCAUCAAUAGCCAAUAGCAUGUUUCUGCUGAGUGAAUAGACCAUAAAUGUCUCCUUAAGCUGUAGUGAAUUCAAUUUAUGCAAAUGUGACAAGCUGAAGAUCAGAGGAGUGUGAAGCUAAGUCAACAAAUGGUCUGAUAUUAACUAAAGCUUCUUCCUAUGAACACUGACUGGUAGUGCCUACUACUGCAAGUUAUCACUGAAAGUAACAUAGCUGAAUCCUCAACUAUACUAGGGAGCUGAGAGGUGUUGCAUUUUGCCUCAACAUGUGCAAUGUUGUGGUGUAUUCUGAUGCAAUGCAGAUUUAUUCAGAGGGUUUCUUAUCUGGUUUUUGAUAGUUACUACAAGAAUUGAUUCUUGUAAUGGCUGGGGUUUUUGAUUUAUAUUGGGUCAGAUUCAGAUCUGUGUUGCAUAAAUUAAGUGUAUUUCCAUUAAUGUCAGAGUUUUCCAUUGGUUUAGCUCCAGCUAGAGAGCACAAAGAUAUUAUGGUAAUAGGCAGGCUAAUAAGGAAUCAUAUAGUUAAACUGAUAAAUUCCCUGAGCUCAGAAUCAGGCCCAUGGGGCUCAAUUAUGACUCCUAAAAGUCCUAACCACAUUGGGAAGGGGAAAGAGGUGCCUUGGUUGAGUGGCAGUGCCUGGAGGCAUUUUGCCUUUGUAAGGAUUACUGCCUCUGGGGAAAUUGGGGGCAUCACAGUGAGCACUGGGACUUGAUGCACCUUGGAAAAAGUCUAGACAGUGCUCUGCCCAUUGUAGGUCUAUGGUUGACACCGUGGUGGUGGGGACAUGCUCUCUGGGGCUAGGCAGCACCAUAAUAUGUCCUUCCUCAUGUCCAUCUGGAGAUGAUUGUGCUUUUGAGGCUGGGAAGAGGACUUCCAGUCUCCUGUUCUUCCCUGACAUUCAUGUCCUACCGGAGCAAUUCCAGUUUUGUGCUUGGAAAACUGCACAUUUGCAUUUGAAAUUUUUUGUGAAUACUGAAUAUUAGUAAAAAUUACUUUUACCACAGGAUGGUAUAGUUUUUUAAGAAAUAAAUUAUCAGUCUAGGAGUCUUUUUUUUUUUUUUUUUUUUUUAUUAUUUAAAAGCUUACCUAUACAGUUUGCUCUGCACAAACCCUUGUUUCUACUUACAGGAACUCAUAGGUCUUUUUGAUUUACUGAAAUUAUGAAAACCUGGGAAAUGUAUUUACUGUCAAGCAUUUACUCCCAGCACUAUUAAAAAUACAAAUAAUAGUUAGAAGAACUUUGUUCAUGCAUAUAUGUGUAUGUGUACAGACUCUCUCUCACACACAUAUAGAUAGGUACACAUAUGCAGAUAUAUUACUUCUUUUCCCACUUUAUUUGUGAAAUAGUAAGAAGUGGAAGUAGUGUUUAUUAACCCUCAUAGUGAUGAGAAGUAUCAAAGUUUUAUGGACAAUUGAAAAAAAUUUAAAAUUUUGUGAUUUUUUGACAUUUAAAUGUAAUCUGCUACUGUUUUUUAUAGAGAUAUUAGCACUUUUGUAAAGUAUAUCAUUGUAGCAGAGAGUAUUAGUAUGUAGUUUAAGGAAUUCCUUUCUAUAUUUAUAUUCUUAAAUUCUGUUUUGUAAUUUUCAGUAUAGGCAAUCUUGUAAGCACCUUGCAUAAUUAAAACAAGUAACAUUAGAAGGUGACAAAUGUGAAAAUAUAGUUUAAAUAAAAUUUGAACAUUAGAAUGUAACUAUUUUGAAAUAGCUCUUGUGAUCUUGUACAGUGUUUCAGUAUAUAGUUCUGCAAACCGGCCCAUUUGAAAAAAUGGUAACUUGCUAUUUGUAUUUUGUAUCAACUGGAUGUGCUAUUCUCAAACACUAUUUUGCAAUAAAAAUCUUUAUUUUGAAACUUUGAGAUA